AUGUUGUUGGAGGAGCAGAGAUACAUCCAUGAGGACCUGGAGCGCCUCGAGCAGGGAAUUGCAGAUCGCAUGGGCGAUGAACCAAAACAGAUCCGCGAUCGCUUGAACCGUGACCAUGAAGUCUCCCAAUUGCUCGACCAGAUCCAAAAACAGUCGGCCAUCCUCCUAUCCCUCUACGAAGAUAAAGCCGGCGAACGAUCAAAAGAAAUCUUGGACAUCAGCUCCGGUGAUCCAUUCAAAGAGUUCAACGCCCAAUACAACAAGAUCAAAGAGCACCACGGGAACUACCCCAGCGAGCAGGCCGAGAAUUCAGAGCAAUGGUACAAGCCGCGGAAGGGGCCCGAUCAGCCAUACAUUGUGGAGAGCAUGUUCUCGGGCGAGGAAGCAUAUGGACGAUAUUUCGAUUUGCACACCUGCCACGAGGCGUACCUGAACUUGCCAAACGCGAAGCGCUUGGCCUAUCUGCAGUACCUCGAGGUGUUUGACGACUUUCAGCCAGGGAAGGGCGGAAUCAAGCGGGCAGAUAAGUUGACGGACGACUACUUCAAGUACCUGGGUGACCUUGCUUCAUACUUGGAGUCUUUUAUGCGACGGACUCGCCCACUAGAGAACCUUGACAAGGUGUAUGAGGGCUGGGAGAAGGAGUUUGAGACGGCAUGGGAGAAGGACGAGGUGCCGGGGUGGCAAAAGGAAGCAGCGGCAGCCAAGAAGAACGCGAUGUCGCGCAACCUUUCGACAUCUGAGGCGGUGUGGUGUGAGGCCUGCGAGAAGGAGUUCAAGAAUGAGAACGUCUACAAGGGGCACUUGAAUGGGCGGAAACAUAUCAAGGCCGCCGAGAUCUUGGCCAAGUGGGAGGAAACAGCUGCUGUUGGAGACAGCCAUGCGCCUGUUGCGCUGGCGCAUCGUCUGAGGGAACGCGCUGUUGCCGAGAGAGAGUUUAGGGUCAGGAAGCUCACUAGUGCCAUGAGUACCGAAAAGGACGAUACUCGUGUGAACGUGGAGCGACGGCAGGGUAUGACAGAGCGCGAACGCGCCCAAGAGUUGGAGAACUUUUACAACAUGUCAAACACCCCACAGAAUCAAGCGCCCGAAGAGGAGGAGGAUAACGACGAUGACGACAAGAUCUACAACCCCCUCAAACUUCCGCUGGCCUGGGACGGCAAGCCGAUCCCCUUCUGGCUUUACCGUCUCCACGGCUUGGGCCAGGAAUUUCCCUGCGAGAUUUGUGGCAACUUCGUGUACAGAGGCCGUCGCGCGUUCGACAAGCACUUCAACGAGACGAAUCACAUCACGAACUUGAAGCGUCUCGGCAUCACGAAUACCUAUCUGUUUCGAGACAUCACCUCGAUUGCAGAGGCCAUGAGGCUCUGGGAAAAGAUCCAAAGGGAGGAGAAGAAGCAUCAUGUGGAUGACGGGUCAGUUGUGCAGAUGGAGGAUGCUGAGGGCAAUGUCAUGCCUGAGAAGGUUUACCUUGAUCUUCAGAAGCAGGGUCUGUUGUAG